AUGUCGCAGGCAGUCGUGCGCGCCGCCGGACUCGUCGUUUAUCGGAAGGUUUCCGGCAAAGUCGAGUUCCUUCUACUGCAGGCCAGUUAUCCGCCGCACCACUGGACACCGCCUAAAGGACAUGUUGAUCCAGGAGAGGAUGAAUGGACUGCUGCAAUCAGAGAAACGAGCGAAGAAGCGAAUUUGAGCAAGGAUCAACUAACCAUUCACGAAGAUUGUCAUGAGACAUUAUACUAUACUGCAAAUGGUAAACCGAAAUCGGUGAAAUAUUGGCUGGCCCUUCUCAACAAUCCGCUUGAUGUGAAAUUGUCGCAUGAACACCAAAAUUGGAAAUGGGCCGAUUUGGAGGAAGCGAUCAGGGUGGCCGAUUAUGCCGAGAUGGGACAACUUUUGCGAAAAUUCCACGAUUUCAUUGAGAAGAACAAAAACUGA